UGCCGGCAGUACCAGUCCGCAGGCACCCCGGGGCAGAGGCGGUGCGUCGCGUCGCUUCAACUGCUCGGGAUGGCACUAAUUUUAAAAAUGUCAUAGUUCGAAAAUGGAACGACGUGGUUACCGACCGUCGUUUGCCAGGCUUAGCUAACCUGAGUGUUGUGUUUAGGUUAAGUUUCGGUGUUUAAGAAGAUAAGUUGGAAUAGUUUGAGGCUUUUAGUAGUUACGUAUGUGAGUGCAGUGUGGCAGAACAUAACCUUGACACGUUUCCCGCGCGAAGUUGCCUCUUGUUUUCAGUUGCACUUCAGUAAAAGAGAGAGCCUUAUAAUUAACAUCAACUUUCUCAUAAUAAACUGUAUAAAUAAACCAGUAAAUUGUAGAUUUUAGCAGUAAUGUGUGACGUAGGUUUAAAUGAUAUCGUAAUUCUAAAGCAGUAGAAUGUUGCAAAAUUAUAUGGAAACAUGACAUUUUUGUGACCUAUUCUAAGAAGAAAGCGGUACGGUGCUGCCAAAAUGCGAAUUUAUAAAGAAUACCACAUCGCUGUCAAAAUAAUCUUCAUCAUUACAAUCAAACUGACCGACUGCGAUGUCGUCACCGAACCUCCUAAUGGCAUUAUCACCGGAUUUCAAAGAGACUCGUACUCCAUAAAAGACAUACCAGAGCCAGAGAGCCUGCCUGUACUAACGGGUAACGAUACUAGAUGUCGUAUCUCGGAGUACCAAUGUACUAAUAAGAAAUGCAUACCGAUAAACCGAUUCUGCGACGGUAGUAACGACUGCGGGGAUUCGUCGGAUGAACCCAGGCACUGCACACGUUGCAACAAAACUUACUACGGGGACAUUGGCCGUACGUACGAGUUGGAGCUCCACCGACCGCGCGAGGAUCUCGUACCGUACGUGUGUCUCCUUACCAUCACAGCGCCUGGAGGCGUGCAUGGGGAUUUGGUUCAGGUGUUAUUCGACAGUUUCACUCUCGGUCGCUUCACAUCCUUCACAGAAGAUGGAUGUCCCGAUGGCUACAUGCAGAUCCAAGAGGCCAGUAGGCCCCAAGUCGGCGGCUCCUGGUGCGGGACCUCGUGGGGCCCGUCCAUAUACUACAGUGAAACAAAAUCCAUUACGCUUAUUAUACGCUUACUACACUUGUCCAAAGAUCAGAACAAUUACAAUUUUGAUUUCCGUAUGGCGUACAAAGUGUUAAGAAGAGAAUAUGCUACAGUACGAUUUGGAGGAACGCCUCCAUCAGAACGUCCUUUUUUCAAGCUCAGGCCUCUGCCUUAUCCCGUAAACAUAUCACGGGGUGAAGAUACAAACGUCGCUAGAACGACAAAAACCGAGUAUUACCUCGGGGAUUUGAUCUCUGGGACAUAUUGCUCGCGGAUCUUCAGCGACUGCGAUCGUAAAAACUGUAGGCUCCAGUCGCCGAAUUUCCCAGGCGUUUACCCCAGAAACUUGACCUGUUACUACGCCGUGCGACAACACGAAGUGCCUCAAGGAAAACACGCUUUAAUUGUGGUAAAACAGCCGAAUGGUCAGCUCGUCUCAAUUAGAAGUCAGAAGGCAUUGUACGCCGCGUCUCAACAAGAGCGAGGAAACAAUGGGCGGGAGCUGAAAGUCUGGCAACAAUGCGACGAAGUGCAAGACUAUGUUACCGUAUACGACGGUUAUACGACGAGAGAUCCUGUUAUUUUGAAGUUUUGCGGCGGCGGGGUCGCCGUCCCUGAAGCGAUAUCGAGCGGACCCGAAUUAUUAGUUGAAUUCACUACAUCACCUUUUGGAACAUUCUUGCAGCCGGCGACUUUGCAGUCAUUACACGGAUUUCAGCUGGAAGUUGAGGUUAGAUUCGUCGAUCAACAGUCGCCGACAUAUGCUAAGAACAAAAGAGCUUGUGAGUUCUGGAUCAGAGGCACGGGAAGGGGGAUUUUGGAACACCCACAGCAUUCUCUGCCACCGAACACAACAUGUCUUUAUCAUAUGCAGGGAAUUGACACAUCUGGGCCGUCAGGGCGGAACCUUAUAUACAGAAGGCCUUCAUUUUCUGCCCCUAGAUUCAGAGUGUGGUUCUCCGUAUUAAAAUUCUACGUAAUUAAUGCGCUUAAUCCCAAUUUGCCCGAAGACGAGUACUGCGGAAGUCAUUUAAAUAUUUGGGACGGUCCUAUGAGAAUAUCACCUGGAUGCAGCGAUAUUUUUUGUGAUAAAGACCGCUCAGUCCAAAUGUCCCGCGCUACAUCAGCUCAAUCGGUGAUCGUUGGUCGACCGCCCACAAAUGCCACGCUCAUCGCUCGGUUCUGCCGCGAGCGAGCGCCCCGGACCUGUGAGCACGCCAUCUUGAGAAGAUCCAGGACUUGCGCGCGCACAGAGAGCUUCCUGUCGAAAGGAGACUCGCUCACGUUGGAACUGAAGUUGACACAGGGAACAGCUCUAAAGCCAAUAUUCUUCAAAGCUCUGUACGAGUUCGUCGACCUCCAUCAAGACGGUGAGCCGUGGGGACGCGGUCCGUGUUCUAGAAGGUUUUCUUCCCGAUCUUUUCCUGAGGCACCUCCAGAUCCACCUGUCACGUUCUCCUCGCCUAGAGAUGUCUUCCUGUAUGGUCGCGGUGGCUCAAGAAAUAUAAGUUGCACCUACCGUUUCGAGGCCAAUCCAGGCGAGGUGAUUCGUCUCCGGGUGUGGGGCGUCCGCAGUGGUGGCCGCCUUUGCCGCUCGGUCCAUUCCGCGCAUUCGCCCUGGUAUCGUUGCGCAGGAGACCCGACUGCGGCUGUCAGGAUCUUUGAUAGACUGUGGAGAGAUAGCGGGCCGGGGGUGCCAAGGGAUUGCUUGUGCAGUGACAUCAACGACUACGAAUUCACAUCGACCUCGACAAUCGCGGAGCUCAAAUUCGAUGUAGUAAACAUGUCCGCUGUGGACGACUUCAGGUCCUUCGGUUUCGAGGCGUCGGUGGAAUUUAUCAGGCUGGAUACGGUGUGCGAGAGCUCGCAUAAGGUGCAUGGCGCCAGUGGCGAGCUGAGACUGGCGGCUAUGCACCCGGCAUCUGAAGCGGAACACUGUGAACAUCGUCCGUGGCUAAUCGACCCGUCACCAGGCCGUUACCUGUACCUGCAGAUUCAAGGAAGCAUCAUAAAAGAACCAGAGCUAGACAACUUCACACUUCUGAACAACAUCACAGUGGCUCCCGACUUGCGACAUUUGUGCAGGACGCAGAACAGAAUAGCGGUGCAUGCUGGUGGAUUAUCACCUAUCUUCAUUUGUCCACAACCCCCUGAAGAACAGUGGGAGGAGGUCGUAGAGAUAUUCUCCGAAGGCUGGUCGAAAGAAGUAGACGGUCUAGCGCGUCACGUACUGGGCCCGCCGCCGUCGCCGGACCGCUUCGACCUGGACUGGCCAAGGUCCCUAUCAGUGGAGCUUAUUGCGGUGGAACACGGCUCUUACUACGUGUCCUGGCUGGAACUUUCUAGAAGACACGCCAGCGAACGUGGCGGUGUGUUCGCCAUGUCUGGCGACUGUGAGUACCGCUGCGCAUCUCUAGACGCCUGCAUAGAACCCACGUUGUGGUGUGACGGGAUCGCGCAGUGCCCGCACGGGGAAGACGAGCGCCUGGCUCAAUGUUCCGCGUUGUUGCGAGUCCCGGCGCACUACGCUGCUGCUAUGUUGGCGUUCGCGGUGUUGGCGGCUACCGCGGUGUUGGCUGUAGCGCGCAACUGCCGACGGCGCCGCUCCGCGCUCCAGCAGCGCCUGAAGAGCCUCUCCUCGGACACCGCCAUCUUCGACGAAAAAGAAGUGAUUUGCUGACCAAGCGAGGACUCCGUGCGAUACGUGGAAGUAGACCGCGUCACCACCGUGUGACGUGCUUCCCGCGCGGAGUCCUUAUGGGCACAUGUUGUUUCACUUUCCAAAUCACCAGCUCUGAGGAUGGAAAUGUACUGUUGUUGAGGAACUUUGUUCGCAUGAGGGUCAGUUAAGAACACGCAAAGGCACUAAAGCAUA